CUUUUUCUCCAAGGCCGCAUGCGCGCCCACAGAAAAGGGGCGUGGACUUAGUUUUGCCCCGCCCUCUGUUCCUUCUAUCCGAGCGCGCGCGAGGACGGUUUCCUUUUUCUUUCAAAGUGUCGGUACGUUGGUUGGCAGAUGGCCUAAGAAUUCCGCGCGCGGACAGAUGAUGAGGGAGAAGCCUCCAAUUCCCAGAAGCCCCAGCCAGCUUGUUCAAUGGACAUCAAGCACCUGAAAUUUCUGCUACAAAUCUUGGACUCCUGAUUUCAAUUUAAUGACUUCAUAAAUCUAUCACCAUAUGUUUUGCCAUUGCUUCCAUGAACACUUAAUGUGAGAAGAUUGGUACUUCUGUUUUAAGCCUCGGGAUUUGGACAUUGUGGAAAACAGACUACUACCACCAUAUAAAUACCGGCUGGAAAAUUUAAUUACUGCCCUUGUCAUUUCCAUGUGUUCAUACUAUUUAAUGACAUUGGAUGUUUUAUUAUGCCUGGAGAGACACAACUGGGGUUUGGAGGCAUCAGCAUUUCUACUUUUAAAUGGCUAACCCAAGAAAGCUUCUUUUCCUGAUUCACUACGACUCCUCAUUGCAGACACAGAUGUGACACUCUACUCCCUACAACAGCUAUGUUUCCAUUAUUGCACUUGUAUAGUAAAAAAUAGAAUUACUUUUAGGGCUUAAUAGCACUCAGCAAUAAUAUGAACAAAAUAUAAAACUAACUCUUAAUCUGUAAAGUACAUGAAAUCUGAUUCAGUCACAAAAAGUGAUGAGCUUUGUUUAGUGUUUUUUAUUAUUUAUUAUAUUACAUGAAUGGUCCACAUUAAUAUGACAAUUUGAAAAAUGACAUAUAUUUAUUUGGCUAGACUAUGAAGAUUUAGAUUACUAUCUACCCUUCAAGGAAUUAUUUGAAAAAUUAAAACAACAUUUUAGGCAUUUUCUAUUAAAUGAAUUGAUAUCCUUAUUAAAAGAACUUGGUUUUUUCUGUAAUCAAAUCUUUGGAAGGAAAACAUGUCUGGAGCCUCUCAAAUUCAUAUUUUUGUUGGUGCACCCAUCAUCCCAACUUUAUUAAAGAAAACCAAAGAAGAUAUAUCUUCAACAGCAGCUUCUGAAAAAUGGAAAAAACUCUAUUUUUCAUUUACCAAAGAUACUUCUUUACCUUGCACAAAAAAAGGCAUAAGUCCAGAUGAGGCAGACCAUCAAAUGCCAAAAAGUGAAGCAUUGACUGCCUGCUUUAAAGAUGAAUUCACACCAAAUUUCGGUGGAAAAAGUAGGAUGGCAAAUUUGACAGACUGUGCAGUUGAUUCUCCAAGUAUAAAAUCCUUUAGCAAUACAAAUGAAAUAGGUGAAUCAACUGGCAUCAUUUGUCAUGUCCCUAGAAAUGUAAGUACAGAGGAUCAAACGAAUCAUCUUGCAUAUAAGGAACUUAAGACAAAUGAACACCAAAGCAAACAGCCGGAAGACAAUAAAGAAGAUAUCAGUUCCAUGAAGAAUAAUCACUUUGAUUUUUCUCUGUUAUCUCCCAGUACUAGUAGAAAUAUCAAUAAAAUGAAAUCUGUGGAACAAGAUGAUAAGCCACCAGCCUUUCAGUGUGAUCAUUGCCAGCCCCUGGGUCAAUUCCUGAAGUCAUGUUGCCCACAAAUUAUGGACAAAUCAAAAAUUGAAAAACCACUCCAUUUAUGUACCAGCCUUGCAAUAUCAACAGACACUGAAUACCUUAGUAUUCUGACCUCAAGUCAGGCUUUACUUUCAGGAAGUCAUGCUGUAGGAAAAAAUGGAAUUCAGAUCAAAUAUACAGAAGAGCAGGGAAUGAAAUUGUAUGACUCUGCUAGGGAUCAUGAAACAGUAUUCGAUCCACCUGACCUGGAUGAAUUAAAUUGUAAACAUACUUAUGAGAGCUCUCUUGAACUUUUUGAUUCUAAUAGUCCUGAAAAAGAGAACUUAAUUUUCAAAGAAACUCGCUUUCAGGAAAAUGUUAGCAUGUCCACACAUCAUUCACCUGAUAAUAACCCUAAUAAUGAGUAUACUGAACAACCAAAGACAAAAACACUGUGUUUUCAAAGAGACUGGUCUGCAAAAAGGUCCCGAACAUUUGAAGAUAUCUCACCUGCAAUUCAUUUUAGAAGUGGAGAUGAGCAGCGAUCAAAGAAAACCAAGUUGGCUUAUUCUUCCAUAUGUCCAGUUCCACAAAUUAAGGAGCAGAACAUUUUAAGAAACAAAACAAUUCAGAAGCACUCAUCGUUGCUUAAAGAAUGUAUCUGCAAAGGCCAAAAAUACACUGUCCUCGUCACAGUACUGCACCCUUGUCAUGUGAAAGAAAUACAGAUCAAGUCAGGAACUAAAUUACCCUCAAGGGUCCCAUUAGCCACAGUCGUAGUUUUUGAUCAAUCAGAAAUACAACGGAAGGUGAUGUUAUGGAGAGCAGCAGCAUUUUGGUCACUGACAGUCUUUCCCGGGGACAUCAUUCUGCUUACAGAUGUCAUUCUAUAUGAGAACUCCUGGACUGGGGAAACAAUGCUACAGUCAACCUUUACCAGUCAGUUACUCAAUCUUGGAAGCUGCUCAAAUAUUCAUCAAAAUGAAUGUGAGGAUUUGUGAGUUGAUAUCAAGAUAUUGCAAUGGCUCAUAAAUUGCUUUCUGUCUUCAAAAUAUGCCUAUCUGGAAAGUCUCCCCCAAAGAAAGAGACAGACUCUGAACAAUAUUCAACAUGUUCUACUUCAUCAACUCAGACCAGAUAUAUUGGUGCAUUCUGUCCUGAAAAUUGUUGACCUCACAGUCCUAACAGAAUCAACAUACAGUUUCAAGGGAGAAACACAAAGAAAAAUUGUUAUAACAGUGGAACAAGUCAAGAAUCAGAACUACACCUUGGUGUUAUGGGGGGCUUUAACAGCCCUCUAUCCUCAACUUCAAAGGAAAAGAGAUCAUAUCUGGGAAUUUAAAUAUCUGUUUACUAAACACAAUCCUGUCUCUGGUGAACUGGAAUUGCACACAACACCCUGGUCAACCCUAGAGUGCCUCUUUGAUGAUGACCAAAGAGCUGUGAAAUUCAAAGAAAAGUUUGAAAAGGACCUCAAACUAUUCAUGUGUGUCACAACUCUCGCUACACACCUAGAGGAGAAGUGUUCUGGAGUGUUUCAGGUGAAAGCCCAUAUCUUAGAACUGAAAUUCACUGUUGCUUCCUCUCCACAUGAAGUUGUUUUUGAUGCAAGUGCUUCAUUACAGCAUAUAGUCGACUCACUUGCUCUGAUCACUUAUGUGGGCUGCGCAAAAUGUGGACGUGAACUUCAGGUGGAUGAAAAUAAGAUCUACAAACAAUGCAAUCGGUGUUUACCCUCAAAUAAAGUGAAAACAUUCUACAGACCAGCACAAAUGACCAUAGAAGAGGGAGGAUAUGAAAUCUGUGUCCAGGUGAUAUCAGAACUGAUUGAGAAAAUAUUCCUCAACAUUCCAGCUGAGUGGCAAAGCAAAACUAUAGAGCCUUCCUUAGAUACCACCUAUGGCAUGAUUGUAGCUGAUUUAUGCCAUGCACUUCUUACAGACACAAAAGCAACCUAUCUUUUGACAAUCAGAGGCCAUUUUGUGCUGGAUGAAAACAGCUAUCCAUGGGAAAAGGAUUUCCAUCUGCUGGGUUUUCAUCUUGACCUCUGAGCAAAGGGCUUUCUUGAAGGAAUCUUGAACUUUUUUCACCAUCCAUUUUCUAAUAUUAAAAGUGAUUUUAGUUUUUUAAAAAUGUAUUUAUAUUUUAAUGAGUUGUAUAAAAUCUUCCAGAAAUCGUUUUAUUUUUAUAGCUGAAAUUUGCAUUAUUUAUGAAAAGAAAUUAUUUUUUUGCAAUAUCUCUCCAUUAACUAUCAAUAAACUAAAUAUAAUGAUG